GGAAAAGGUGUCGAUAGAGCGAGACGCGUUCAACCGACGCGACCCGUACAACACAAGCGCUGGCUCUCCACCCUCGCGUCGCUUAAAUACAACGCCGCAGGCCCCAACGCCAGGCCACUCUCUCCCCCUUCUCUCUCGUGACCUCCUGUUUCCGCCCACCUUCUCCGGCUCCGGCGCCGGCGAACCCACCGCGGAUCGAGCGAUUCCUCCGAUCAGGAGAGGCCAGCCGGGAGGAAGAGCACCUACGCGGGAGGAGAGGAGAUGGGGCUCACGUUCACCAAGCUGUUCAGCCGCCUGUUCGCGAAGAAGGAGAUGCGGAUCCUGAUGGUGGGUCUCGACGCCGCGGGAAAGACCACCAUCCUCUACAAGCUCAAGCUCGGCGAGAUCGUCACCACCAUCCCCACCAUCGGGUUCAAUGUUGAAACUGUGGAGUACAAGAACAUCAGCUUCACUGUCUGGGAUGUCGGGGGUCAGGACAAGAUCAGGCCACUGUGGAGGCAUUACUUCCAGAACACACAGGGUCUCAUCUUUGUUGUGGACAGCAACGAUAGGGACCGUGUUGUUGAAGCAAGGGAUGAGCUCCACAGGAUGCUGAAUGAGGAUGAGUUACGUGAUGCUGUGCUGCUUGUGUUUGCUAACAAGCAAGAUCUUCCAAAUGCCAUGAAUGCUGCUGAGAUCACUGAUAAGCUUGGCCUGCACUCCCUUCGCCAGCGACACUGGUACAUCCAGAGCACUUGUGCUACAACAGGGGAGGGACUGUAUGAAGGCCUGGACUGGCUGUCCAGCAACAUUGCCAACAAGUCCUAAAUUUUCGUCAAGAUUUUGAAGGAGCUAGGAGCGCUUUGGAUGGACGAUUGAAUCACCGGGUACCUAGGGAUUGUGUUGGGAUGGGAUGGUGCUAUGCUAUUCCCGUAUGUACUGUGUAUUUUCCUGAGAUCAACAGCUACUGAGCCAGCUCCGGCUGUGGUUUCACUGUCAUACUAUUGUUUUAUUGUAUUUUGAGCCCUAAGAUGUUUCUUCUGAAGUAAACAGCUAAAGAGAGUCCUGUUCAAUUUCGUAAUAAGUGUUCCAAGCAUC